AUGAGUUCAGAGUCAUUUAAGUUUGACAUUGAGCAGCUGCAGAAGCUGGUCGAUCCCAAAAAUUUAGAAUUGCUUCAAGAGUAUGGUGGUUCUGAAAAAAUUCUUGAUGGUUUGGAAACUAACCGUGAUCAUGGUUUAAGUUCCGAUGAAAAUAAAGAGAAAAGACAAAAGCAUUUUGGAAAAAACGUUUUGCCAAAAGUUGAUCAACGAUCAUUUUUAUUUCUGGUUUGGGACGCUUUUUGUGAUAAAACCUUAAUUUUAUUAAGUAUUGCUGCACUUGUUUCUCUUGCACUUGGUAUCAGUGAAGAUUUAUCAAAUGAAGCUGAUGAACCAGAUCUUGGUUGGAUUGAAGGUACCGCAAUCCUUGUUGCUGUUGCUGUUGUAGUUCUAACGAACGCGAUAAAUAACUAUCAAAAGGAAAAGCAGUUUAGAAAACUUAAUGAAAAAAAGGAAGAUCGUAAUAUCAAGCUUAUUCGAGAUGGUAAAGAGAAACAAAUUUCAGUUUUUGAUGUCAAUGUUGGCGACAUCAUGGUUCUUGAACCUGGUGAUAUAGUUGCUGUUGAUGGUAUAUAUUUAAGUGGCCACAAUCUCACUUGCGAUGAAUCUAGCGCUACUGGUGAAUCAAAAGCCAUAAAAAAAGGUGAUAAAGAUCCUUUCAUAUUAAGUGGAGCAAAAGUUACAGAAGGAGUUGGUAGAGUAGUUGUUAUUGCUGUUGACACCACUUCAAAUGAAGUUAAAUCUUCUUGCAGAACAAAUAGCGAAAUUAGGCGUUGCUGUUGCACUACUUAUGUUGAUAUAUUGGAGGCCAUGACUGCUAUUAUUGUUCAAACAAUUACUAUUAUCGUUGUCGCUGUACCAGAGGUAUGUUCGGAUAAGACUGGUACAUUGACUCAAAACAAAAUGACAGUGGUGAAAGGAUUUCUUGGUCAGGAAAAGUUUGAGAAUAAUAAUGAAAUUCAACAAUGGAAAAAUAAAAUUAAACAAAAGAUAUACAAUAUUAUUACACAAGGCAUAUGUGUUAAUUCUACAGCGUUUGAAGAUAAGGACGAAAAAGGCCAAUUGAGUUUUAUUGGUUCUAAAACUGAAUGUGCCUUACUUGAAUUUUGCAAAGAAUUUGGAUUAGACUACAGUGAAAUAAGAUCUCAAUUUAAGAACGUAAAGGUUUAUCCUUUUGCAUCAGAGAGAAAAAGCAUGACUACAAUAAUUAAAUUAUCCUCAUCUAGUACUCAUAAUCAAACUUCAGAACAAGCAGAAUAUCGUAUUUAUGUUAAAGGCGCAUCUGAAAUUGUUUUUGAUGGUUGUACACACUAUGCUGAUGCUGAAGGUCAAGAGCAUCAAUUGGACGAUAAAGCUAAACAAAACUUCAGAGGCAUUAUUUCAGAUUAUGCAGCAAAUGCUUUGCGCACAAUUUGCAUGGCAUAUCGUGAUAUAACCAAGAGUGAAUUUCAACAGAUUAGUGAUGAAAAAGCACCUAUUAAUGAUCUCGUUUGUUUAGGUAUAGUUGGUAUCGAGGAUCCUCUGCGUCCUGGUGUUACAGAAUCUGUUAAAAUUUUUAAAAAGGCUGGUGUUUCUGUAAGAAUGAUUACUGGUGAUAACUUAGAAACCGCAAAAGCAAUUGGAAAAAACGCCGGUAUCUAUAAAAAUGGUGUUGCUAUAACUGGUCCUGAAUUUCGUAACAAGUCAAAAGAAGAACAGCGCAGCAUAAUACCUCGAUUAGAAGUACUUGCACGUUCUUCACCUACGGAUAAGACUAUCGUAGUUUCUCUUCUUAAAGAAAAUGACGAAAUCGUUGCAGUUACUGGAGAUGGUACUAAUGAUGGACCUGCUUUAAAAUUGGCAGAUGUUGGUUUUAGCAUGGGAAUUGCCGGUACUGAGGUUGCAAAGGAAGCAUCUUCUAUUAUUUUAAUGGACGAUAACUUCAAUUCCAUUGUCAACGCAUUGAGAUGGGGUCGUGCCGUUAACGAUAGUGUACGCAAAUUUUUACAAUUUCAACUCACAGUUAAUAUUGCAGCAGUUAUAAUAUCUUUCACUAGUGCAGUAUUAAGCGAUGAUAAUGAAUCCAUAUUAACAGCUGUACAACUACUUUGGGUUAAUCUUAUUAUGGACACAUUGGCAGCACUUGCUUUAGCAACCGAGUCUCCGACCGACGAACUUUUAUCUCGUUUACCUACUUUAAAGAGUGCAUCAUUAAUUAAUUAUCGUAUGUGGAAAAUGAUUAUUGGACAAGCAAUUUUCCAAGUGGCCACUAGUUUGAUCCUGUUGUAUAUGGGACCAGAGAUUUUUCAUCUUAAUACUGAUGAUCCUGAGGAGAAAAUCGUGUUUAGUACCUUGAUUUUCAAUACCUUUGUCUUUCUCCAAAUCUUUAAUGAGAUCAAUUGUCGACGUAUUGAUGAUAAUUUAAAUGUUUUCGCCAACAUUUUUAACAAUUAUACAUUCAUAAUUGUUCAGAUUUUUAUUAUACUUGGACAAGUUAUUAUCGUUCAAUAUGGAGGUAUUGCCUUUGGAACAACAAACCUCGCUUGGUAUUAUUGGCUUGUGACUGUUUUAAUCGGAUCUCUCUCCUUACCCGUUGGUGUGAUUAUUAGACUUUUUCCUAAUUCUUGUGUACCAGAUCAUAUUCUUAACGAAUAUUACAGACCAAAGGUCACUAAAGAGAAGAUGUUAUGGGAACAGGCAAUUCAUGAUGUAAGAGCUCAACUCAGAGUAUUUGGUGCUAUAAGGAAACAUCCAAAAUAA